AUGAACCUGAGGUAUAGCAGCCCUGGUGUCCACCGGGCAUUUAUUGCCCUAGGAAGCAAUGUUGGCGACCGCGUUGAAAUGAUCGAGCAAGCUUGUCUUGAAAUGGAUCGAAUUGGCAUCAAGGUCAAAAGAACAAGCUCACUAUUCGAGACCACGCCGAUGUAUGUGCUGGAUCAAGACACAUUCAUCAACGGUGUGUGUGAGGUGGAAACGACUCUUGAGCCCCUAGAUCUUCUCGAUGCUGUUCAAUCCAUCGAGAUUGCGCUGGGUAGAAAGAAGCUCAUCGAUAAAGGCCCACGCUCUAUUGAUCUCGACAUUCUGUUGUAUGAUCAAGAGGUCUUUUCACACGAGCGUCUCAACAUUCCGCAUAAUCUCAUGCUGGAACGGGACUUUGUUCUACGUCCUCUCAGCCAACUCAUCCCAAAUGAAUACCCACCCCUGUCAGGAAAAGAGUCAAAAACAUACAGCGCUCAUUUAGCAGCUCUCCCACCUCCAGAGCCAACCCCAAUGUCAACAACCCCGAUCUCACCAUCAUUCGCCUCCCUCCACUCAAAUGACCCCAAGCGUUCCACGCACGUCAUGGCAAUCCUGAAUCUAACACCAGACUCCUUCUCCGACGGCGGCAAGCACUCUCCAACAGACCUUGCCUACCUCACAGAAACAGUGCGCCAGUUCAUCGCCUCAGGCGCCACCAUCAUCGACGUCGGUGGCGAAAGUACCCGCCCAGGCUCCGAACCCGUAGGACCGGCGGAGGAGAUCGCACGCGUAGUGCCCGCAAUUAAGCACAUUCGCUCCAUGCCCGAAGCCGCCAACAUCGCCAUCAGCAUCGACACCUACCGCGCCGCCGUGGCAGAGGCCGCUUGUGCUGCCGGCGCAGACAUCGUCAACGAUGUCUCGGCCGGUCUUCUGGAUCCGGAUAUGCUGUCUACCGUCGCUCGCAUCGGCAAGUCCGUUAUCCUCAUGCAUAUGCGCGGCACCCCGCAGACCAUGACAAGUCUCCACUCCUAUCCGGCUGGAGUAAUCCCGGAAGUGGCCUGUGAGCUUAGGUCGCGGAUCGCUGCGGCCGAGGAGGCUGGUAUUCGGCGGUGGAGAAUCAUUCUCGACCCUGGACUUGGGUUUGCGAAGGUGCAGGAACAAGAUCUGGAGAUCUUGCGUGAUUUGACGCGUCUGCGAACUGAGUUUGGGCUUGAAUACUUUCCCUGGUUGAUGGGACCGAGUCGCAAGCGGUUCAUUGGAAACAUCACUGGCGUGAAGACGCCGGCGGAGAGGGUUUGGGGAACUGCUGCGACGGUUUCUGCUAGUGUGAGUGGCGGAGCGGACAUUGUGCGUGUGCAUGAUGUUCGUGAGAUGUCGCAUGUUGCGAAGGUUUCCGAUGCGAUCUAUCGGGUGUGA